AUGCCGCGCGUCGUCAUCCUUGGCGUGGCGGGCGGCAUCGGAAGUGGCAAGUCUGUGCGCUGCAAUCACCUGCUGAGGUUAGCACAGGCACGUGCACGGCAGUCGAUACAUUCGUUUGAGGCGCACAGUAUCUGUGUGGACAAGGUAGGCCACGACAUUUAUACUCCGGGGAAGCCAUGCUACUACGACGUCAUCGAUGCAUUCGGAAAGGAGAUCCUGCAGGAUGGAAAGGAGGACACAGUGACAGCUGCCUCACCUUCUGUUCUCGGCGAGCCAUAUAUUGACCGAAGGAAACUCGGGACCCGCGUGUUCGCGGAGUGUCAUGCAAAUGAGCUGCGGCAACUCAAUAACAUUUGCUGGCCGCACAUCCAUGAAGCCGUUUUACAGGAGAUCGAAGCUGCCUCGAACAAGGCCCUAGCAAAUAAUAAAAACGUGCUCUUAAUCAUUAUGGAGGCUGCACUUCUCAUUGAAAGCAGUCUCUUGUCGCUGUGCGACGAUGUCUGGCUCACGACAUGUGACAAACUCGCCGCUGUGGAACGUGUGAUGGAGCGUAAUCACUUGACGGAGGAGGAGGCCACGGCCCGCGUUGAGGCCCAGGGUAGUCUUGCAAAGAAGCUGGAGUUUCUGAAGAACAUUAAGUUCAAGGGCGAGCUGGUGAUAUUCGACACGACAAACGAUUCCCUGGAGGUGGGACUCAAGCGCGUCACAGUCGCCUUUGACGAAUACUGGCUGCGGAAACUGCAGCCGCUGCUGAAGGACCCUGAUGCGGAAACCGGCUCAUGGUAG